AUGGAGAAUGGGCAGGCAAAGGUCAAUGCUUCUUCCAGAAAAGAGGAACAUGGAACGGUUUCAACCGAAAGACAGCAGAUAUCGCAGAUGCCUUUGAGUAGUAACCUUGGGAGACUGUAUGGAGAAUGUUGUCCGCCUGGAUUUAUCAGGAAGGUUACAGCGGAGAUAAUAGCGACGUAUCUGUUGGUAUUCGUGACAUGCGGUUCGGCGGCUCUAAGCGCGAGCGACGAACACAAAGUCUCGAAGCUGGGAGCGUCGGUGGCCGGGGGACUCAUCGUCACCGUUAUGAUCUAUGCAGUUGGACAUAUCUCCGGUGCCCACAUGAACCCUGCUGUCACCUUGGCUUUUGCUGCUGUCCGACACUUCCCAUGGAAGCAGGUACCGUUUUAUGCAGGAGCCCAGCUAACAGGAGCAAUUUCAGCUGGAUUCACACUCCACGUAUUGCUCCACCCAAUUGAACAUGUUGGAACUACAUCCCCUUCCGGAACAACCAUUCAAGCUCUGGUAAUGGAAAUAGUUGUGACGUUCUCUAUGAUGUUCGUCACCUCUGCAGUGGCAACUGAUACCAAAGCAAUAGGGGAGCUCGCAGGUAUUGCGGUUGGUUCCGCCGUCUGCAUUUCUUCCAUUUUGGCUGGGCCAAUCUCGGGAGGAUCCAUGAACCCGGCAAGGAGUAUUGGUCCAGCAAUAGCAAGCAAUUACUACGAGGGGAUUUGGGUGUACGUUGUUGGACCUGUAUGUGGAACAUUGCUUGGAGCAUGGUCCUACAAUUUCAUUCGGGUGACGGACAAGCCAGUUCACGCAAUAUCAAAUUCGCUUUCAUUUCAACUCCGGCGAAUGAGGAGCAAUCAGGAAAGCAUUGCAGAUGAAGACCCGCUCAACUCACUCUAACGUUACACCUCAAC